CGAAUUUUUAUUUUUUCAUUCAUUCAUUCAUUAUCACAACAACAACAACGAAACAAAUUGACCAUUUCAAUAAAAUGCUUAUGCAUAAUCUAUAUGGAUUACCUAGAUUUAUAUCAAUGAAUCCAUUAAUACAACGAUCAUCACGGAUGAUAUUUCAUCCAAAUUCAAAUCAGAUAUUUAUCUAUAAUCAUACUACUUAUAGAUUUUAUCGUAAUCAAUUCCUAAAUCCACAUCAUUCGGCAUUUGUACCAUAUGAUAAUGAUGAUGAUAAUAGAAGAAGAGAAAAACGUUUGAAAAUUCAAUCGAAUCAUCUAAUGAUAAUCAAUCGCCAUUUAUAUAUAAAUCGUCCAUUAUAUGACCUAAAAGAUUCAUCAAAAGUGGAACAAACGGUUAAAGCAUUACGAGAAUCAAAAGUAAAAGAACCACAAAAAGCUGUUCAAAUUGAACCAAAACGAAGUCUAGGCAAAAGAAUAUGGGAUGAAAUUGUUCAUUAUUAUCAUGGAUUUCGUCUAUUAAUUAUCGAUAUUGGUAUCGCUUCAAGAUUGAUAUGGAAAAUAUUGAAUGGUAAUAGUCUAUCACGACGUGAAUAUCGACAAUUAGUACGUACAUCAUCCGAUGUGUUUCGUUUAGCACCGUUUUCCGUAUUUAUAAUCAUACCAUUCAUGGAACUUUUAUUACCUGUUUUCCUGAAAUUUUUUCCAAAUAUGCUUCCAUCAACAUUUCAAACGGCUUCAUCACGAGAAGUAAAAGUCAAACAAGAACUUAAACUUAAAUUAGACAUGGCAAAAUUUCUACAGACAACAUUGGACGAGAUGACACUUCAAGCACGUGGUGAAUCACAUUCGAAUCGAGCGAAAGAAUUUAAGCAAUUUUUUGAUAAUAUUAGAAAAUCCGGUGAACAAGCAUCAAAUGAUGAUAUAUUAAGAUUUUCCAAACUAUUCGAAGAUGAAAUUACAUUGGAUUCAUUAUCCAGGCCUCAGCUAGUAGCCUUAUGUCGUUUAUUAGAAUUACAACCAAUUGGUACCAGUAAUUUUCUUUUAUUUCAACUUCGAAUGCGUUUACGAAGCCUUAAAGCUGAUGAUCAAAUGAUCGCUCGUGAAGGAAUCGAAAGUCUGACUGUUUCGGAAUUACAACAGGCAUGCCGUUCACGUGGUAUGCGUGCACUUGGUAUUUCUGAAGAUAGACUUCGAUUUCAGCUAAGUCAGUGGUUGGAAUUGAGUUUGAAUGAAAAAAUUCCCAAUUCAUUACUAUUACUAUCUCGUGUGUUAUAUUUACCGGAAAAUAUACCAGCCACCGAUCAAUUGAAAGCUACCAUACAGGCAUUACCUGAAGGUGUUGGAACCGAAACACGAUAUAAAAUUGGUGAAACUGAAGGUAAAAUCGAUAAUCGUACCAAGAUUGAAUUAUUGAAACAGGAAGAGGAAGCAAUCAAACGUGAAAAUGAAGAAGAAAGACUAAAGAAACAAGUUGAACCUGCUAUUGAAAAAGAAAUGAUCAAAGAACAAGUUAUUGAUAAAAUUUUCGAAACAGUCAGUGGUGGUAGUAGUGGUGAACCACCAAAAGUGGAACCGGUACUAUCAAAAGAAGACAUAGAAUCAAUUGAAACGGCAUUGGAAAAUUUGGCAAAAGAGAAAAAAGUUUUAAUGUUGGAAAAAGAAGAACUUGAUGAAAUCAAAGAAGAAUUAGAUGAUUAUAAAGAAGAUUUAAUUGAAUUCAAAGAUAUUGCUCAACAAACUGGCGAUAUAAUACGUUUGAAAGAAAGUAAAGCAGCAAGACGUUUACGAAAACGAAUGGAUAAAAUGGUGGGUAAAAUGGAUAAAGUUUUCGAUAGCCUAGAGUCAAAGAAGAAAAAAUUGGAAACAGCAAUCAAUCAAUUGGAAAAAGAAGGAAAAGAUAUUGAUCAGGUGAAAAAGGAUGUUGUAAGCAUUAAUGAAUUAUUACAAACGAUACGGCCAUUUACCGAUGUAUCGGAUGAUACAAAAUCCAAACGAAUACUUGAAGUAUUGGAUAAUUUGGAUAUCAAUCAUGAUGGUCUAAUCGAAUUGGAACACGUCUUUAAGGUCAUUGAAUUAAUCGGACGAGAAAAUGUACAAUUAACACCAAAGCAGAUCAAAGAGAUUAUUAAACUAUUGAUCCAAGAGGAACAAUUAAACAUUGAAGAAAAGAAAAAGAAACAAUUGAAAAAUGAUACAAACAUUGAAUCAUCAACGGUACCACCACCACCACAACAACAACAGCAAUCGCAACAGAUGAAAAGCAAUGAAAAAUCUUCAUUUUGAUCGAAAAGAAAAGCAACAGAAAACAACAAUAAUAAUCUUUAGGGCAUCCGAGUUUAUUGAUUAUUAAAAAUUUUUUUUAAUAAUUCA